ACGUGGGGAAGAGAGAAAAGCAGAGAAAGAGAGAAUGAGGAAAAAGAAGAAGAAAGGAAAAUUUGGGGGGAUGGGCAGGCAAAGGCAAGGGGGAAGAAGAGAGAGAAAGGAAGAGGGUCCUCGUUCUGCCACGUGGCGAGUACUAAGUGGUCGAGUUGCUUUGGGCUUCAACAACUUACGGCAACAACAACAACAUCGACACCAGCACCAAAACACACACGCACACACUCUCUCUCUCUCUCUCUCUCUCUCUCUAUCUGCUGCCAUGUCAGAGCGUAACCCCGUCCUAUGACCCCGGCGAAUCCGUAUUUGUAUGCUUCUCUCUCUAAAAUAAAAAGGCUCUCUCUUUCUCUCUACCUCUCUCUAUUUAUUCGUUUGUCUCCUAUUCGCUUUCUCUCUCUCUCUCUUUCUCGUAUCUCUCAUCUAUUUUCCAAGUUUCCAUACCCUAAUCUCUUUCCCUCUUCCUCUCUCAAUCUGAGGCUUUCUUUCACUAUAUUGCUCAUUGAUCCGUUUAUAUGAUUGCAGGAACAGAGCGUUUAGGCCUUGCAGCAGAAUGCUGUCUAGAAGCUCUGACAUGUCAAUCUUAUUGUGGACUCAUGAUAUACUUCUGUAGCUUUUAACAACCAAUGUAAGGCCCAGGUUGAAAGAUGAAGGAAAACGGUUCAUCAACUAGUAAAAUGAUUAACAGAAACUGGGUCUUGAAGCGCAAACGGAGAAAGCUCCCUUGUGGACCAGUUCUAUCCAAUGGUAAAGAAGAAGAUAGUUCUGUGGUAUCAGAAUCCCCAAUGAACACUUCUUCAGCUAAACGCAGGCUGAAGAGUGAAAUUAAUUCUGAGCGAUGUUCAUCCAAGAAGAAAGGAAAUGAUGGAUAUUACUUUGAAUGCGUGGUCUGUGAUCUUGGCGGCAACUUGUUGUGUUGUGAUAGUUGUCCGCAGACAUAUCAUCUCCAGUGCCUUAAUCCACCGCUUAAGCGUAUUCCAAUGGGUAAGUGGCAAUGUCCAAACUGCUGUCAGAAAAUUGAUCCAUUAAAGCCCAUAAGCCAACUUGAUAGCAUUUCAAAAAGAGCAAGAACAAAGAUAGUCACUGGAAAAUCGAAAACUGGAAUUCAGUCAUCAGACAUGGAAAAAGUCUCUCGGAUUUUUGGAAGCUCUAUUAUUGCAAAGAAAAGGUCCUCCAGCAAAGGAAAAUCUGUCAAACUCCUUGAAAAGAAGCCUGUCUCUUCCCAAAUAGAUGUAUUGUGUAGUACCAAGCCAAGUCAUCGAUCCCUUGCUUUGCUAGAGGGUAGUUCAUCAUCUGUGAAUGUUGAUGAUGAGAAAAAAUACAAUUUGUCGCAAAUGGAGCCCCCUGUAGACAGGAAGUCAGCCUCUCCUGCUAAGGAAAUUUCAUCCAAUUCUAAAGUUACAAAUUCAGAGGCAACUGAUGAAGCUCCUAAGGGGAACGCUGAUUUGUCUAGUAACGAUGUAUCUCCAGGAAAAACACUUGUUCUUGCUAUCAGUGCUGCCACGAUGAAGCAUAGAAAAAGAAAGCAGAAAGUCAAUGAUGAUAACAGUGAAAAGAAGCGUAGAACUGAUAAGAGAAAAUUUAGAGUUAGUACUUCUAAGAAACGUGGAUCUAAAGCAAAUACUUCAAGCCCUGGAAAUAGUAAAUCGCAUCAGAAGCACAAGUCGAUUAACAAUGGUGUUUCCACAGCAUUGUCAAGGGAAGAUCUUGGAACAAAGAUUUUAGAUGUGCAUAGCAAAAAUGAGAAACUUCCUCAGGAAGCAACAAACCUAUCACAAGAGUUAAAUAAAACUGGUCAUGUGGAUGAAACAGAAAUCUGUGUAGAACGUGUCCCUGCUGAACCUCUGCAGGUUGAUCGGGUUCUGGGAUGUCGAGUUCAAGGUGAUUACUCGGGAUCUUCAUGUCACUUAUCUGCGACCAUUGCUGAUGACCUACCCUCUGAUGACUUACUAAUUUCAGAAAAUCAAUACAGAUUAUCAGAGGAAAAUUCUGCUUGUGAUACUGAUUUAGAUGUAGCAGCUGCUGAAAAUCUUACUGAGGGUUGUCAGAAUAUUGUCAAGAGUUUUGAUAGGGAAGAAAGCCUGAAGAAUGAAUUGAAAGUGGAUAAGAUACAUGUAUACAGAAGAUCUGCAACCAGAGAAUGUAAAAAGGGAAACACCAUUGAGUUUUUACAUAAAGGCAUCAAGGAUUCAGAUUCUAGUACCAUAAAUGGCAAAGGUCAAGAUGAAUCUGCUGUAAGUACAGAAGAUUUGGAAAAAGCAAAUGAAAAGUUGGUUACAGAGGAGAAUACUGAUGUUAGUUUGGGAGAUCAUGAUAACGAUGAAGUUCCAAAAAAUUGGGAAACAGAUGUCUCUAAUGAAGCCAAAGGCGACAAAGAAGUGGAUUUAGAAAUGGGAAUGAGAAGCUCUUCAGAAAACAAAAUUCAGGAGCCCACCCUGGCUGAACCUGCAUGUGCUGACGGGGAGAGGGUAUCUUAUGAGUUUUUGGUUAAGUGGGUAGGGAAGUCUAAUAUUCAUAAUAGUUGGAUUUCUGAAUCUGAGCUAAAAGUUCUGGCAAAGAGAAAACUAGAAAAUUACAAGGCAAAAUAUGGGACAGCUUUAAUAAAUAUCUGUGAGGAACGGUGGAAGCAGCCUCAGCGGGUGAUUGCUCUCCGUAAUUUCGAAGAUGGUAGAGGUGACGCUUUUAUAAAAUGGACUGGUCUUCCUUAUGAUGAAUGCACUUGGGAAAGAUUAGAUGAACCUGUUCUUCAAAAAUCUUUGCAGCUGAUUGAUCUAUUUAAUCAAUUUGAACACCAAACAUUGGAAAAAGAUUCUUCUAAGGAAGCUUCACCAAGGGGGAAGGGUGAUUGUCGGCAAAAUGAGAUAGUUACUCUAACAGAGCAACCCAAGGAACUAAAAGGAGGUUCAUUAUUUCCCCAUCAGCUUGAAGCACUCAAUUGGUUGCGUAAAUGCUGGCAUAAGUCCAAAAAUGUGAUACUUGCUGAUGAAAUGGGGCUUGGAAAAACAGUAUCUGCUUGUGCUUUUAUUUCAUCACUGUAUAUUGAGUUUAAAGCUACUCUGCCUUGUUUGGUAUUGGUUCCACUUUCCACAAUGCCUAACUGGCUUGCUGAGUUUUCAUUAUGGGCUCCACACUUAAAUGUUGUGGAGUAUCAUGGGUGUGCAAAAGCAAGAGGCAUCAUUCGCCAGUAUGAGUGGCAUGCUAGUGAUCCAAGUGAGUUGAAUAAGAAAACUGCUGCCUAUAAAUUUAAUGUUCUUCUAACUACAUAUGAAAUGGUUCUUGCUGAUUCCUCUCAUUUGCGUGGAGUUCCUUGGGAAGUUCUUGUGGUUGAUGAGGGCCACCGUCUGAAGAAUUCUGGGAGUAAGCUUUUCAGCUUGCUCAAUACAUUCUCCUUUCAACAUCGUGUACUGUUGACUGGUACGCCUCUUCAAAACAAUAUCGGUGAGAUGUAUAACUUGCUUAACUUCUUGCAGCCAGCUUCAUUUCCUUCUCUAUCUUCAUUUGAAGAGAAUUUUAAUGAUCUUACAACUGCGGAAAAAGUUGAUGAAUUGAAGAAACUUGUUGCUCCACAUAUGCUUCGAAGACUUAAAAAGGAUGCAAUGCAAAAUAUUCCCCCUAAGACUGAACGAAUGGUUCCCGUUGAGUUGUCGUCCAUCCAAGCUGAAUACUAUCGUGCAAUGCUGACAAAGAACUAUCAGAUAUUGCGGAAUAUUGGGAAAGGGGUUGCCCAGCAAUCAAUGCUAAAUAUUGUGAUGCAGUUAAGAAAAGUUUGCAAUCAUCCAUAUCUCAUACCCGGUACUGAACCUGAUUCUGGAUCGGUUGAAUUCCUUCAUGAAAUGCGGAUAAAAGCCUCAGCCAAGUUGACUUUGUUGCAUUCUAUGCUUAAGAUUCUAUAUAAGGAAGGUCAUCGAGUCCUUCUUUUCUCACAGAUGACCAAGCUUCUUGAUAUCCUUGAAGACUAUCUAACUAUAGAAUUUGGACCUAAAACAUAUGAGAGAGUCGAUGGCUCUGUUGCAGUGGCUGAUCGUCAAACAGCAAUUGCACGCUUUAAUCAAGAUAAAAGUCGGUUUGUCUUCUUGUUAUCAACACGCUCUUGUGGCCUUGGGAUCAAUUUGGCAACUGCUGACACUGUCAUUAUUUAUGAUUCUGACUUCAACCCGCAUGCUGAUAUCCAAGCUAUGAAUCGUGCACAUCGAAUUGGACAGUCAAAAAGACUUUUGGUAUACCGACUUGUGGUACGUGCUAGCGUUGAAGAGCGCAUCUUGCAGCUUGCAAAGAAGAAGCUGAUGCUUGAUCAGCUUUUUGUGAAUAAGUCUGGAUCUCAGAAAGAAGUCGAAGAUAUUCUGAAAUGGGGAACAGAAGAACUUUUUAUUGAUUCUCCCAGUACAAAUGGGAAAAAUGCAGGGGAAAAUAAUAAUAAUAAAGAUGAGAGAGUAUUAGAUGUGGAUAAUAAGCAUAGGAAGAGGGCUGGUAGUCUUGGGGAUGUGUACAAGGACAAAUGUACAGAUAGCAGCAGUGGGAUUGUGUGGGAUGAAAAUGCUAUUCUGAAAUUGCUUGACCGUUCAAACCUUCAGUCUGGAUCAACCGAUAAUGCUGAAGUGGAUUUGGAGAGUGAUAUGCUUGGCUCCGUGAAGGCGCUUGAAUGGAAUGAUGAACCAACAGAAGAACAAGGGGGUGCUGAAUCUCCUGCUGUCGUUACUGAUGAUAACUGUGCACAAAAUUCAGAAAGGAAAGAGGAUAAUGUGGCAACUGGUACAGAAGAAAAUGAAUGGGAUAGACUUUUGCGUGUGAGGUGGGAGAAAUACCAAGUGGAGGAGGAAGCAGCUCUUGGUCGAGGGAAGCGGCAGCGAAAAGCUGUUUCUUACAGGGAAGCUUAUGCUCCACACCCAUGUGAAACAUUGAGUGAGAGUGGUGGUGAAGAGGAACGAGAGCCGGAACCGGAGCCCGAGCGGGAGUAUACACCAGCAGGACGUGCUCUAAAAGCAAAGUUUGCUAGACUUCGUGCUAGACAAAAAGAACGGCUUGCUCAAAGGAAUGCAGUUGAAGAACCUCGUCCUGUUGAGGGGCUGGCUGGGCCUGAUUCACUCCCUCAUUGUCCUUCCAUCAAUCCCAAAGAAGGGGAUGUGACUGAAUUACACAAAGCUAUAAGAGAGGAGAUUUCAGUAAUUGACUUGGAGGAUGGCAAAUUUGUUCAGCGAGAAGAUGCUUCAAAGGGCAAGACUGACUCACCUUUAAGGCUGGGCAGAAUAUCAACGUACAAAAUGAGCAGUCAUCUGGAUUUUCCUGUUAAUCCACAUGGCCACCCCUCUCCUGACAUUUUCCUUCCGAGUCACCAUGUUCAAAGCAUGAAAUACACAAACUCAUUGCCCACCACUAACUUGUUACCAGUUCUGGGACUGUGUGCUCCCAAUGCUAGUCAAGCGGAGUCGUCAUAUCGGAGCUUGUCAAGAUCAAAUGGCAGACAAAUUAAAUCAGGAACUGGACCAGAGUUUCCCUUCAGUCUAGCUCCUUGCCCCGGGACUUCAAUUGAGAUAGAUUUAAAAAAUCAGGACUCUACCUUAGAAAAAGCAAAAAAACUAGAUGCAUCUGCAGAAAUUUUGCAACAGCGGCUUAAGAACAGCAUCCCAGAUAACUUUUCCCCAUAUGUUUCGUGCCUUCGGGUUGUCCAAGGAAAAGCUUCUGAACGUUUAGAAAGCUCUGGUUCUACUUUCUCUAAUUUUCAAGAAAAGAUGGCAUUGCCAAACUUACCAUUUGAUGAAAAAAUGCUGCCUAGAUUCCCGCUUUCAGCAAAGACUAUGCCAACUCCACAUCUUGACUACUUACCUAGCUUAUCAUUGGGUAGCAAACUUGAAGCUGUUAAUGGCUUUACACAAGACCUCCCAACCAUAUCGUUGCUGCCCAACUUAAAAUUCCCGGCACAAGAUGCAGGAAGAUAUAAUCAGCAAGAGAGGGAGGUGCCUCCCACAUUGGAUCUGGGACAGAUGCCAACAACAUUUUCCUCAUUUCCUGAAAACCAUAGGAAGGUGCUUGAAAACAUAAUGAUGAGGACUGGUUCUGGAUCAAGCAACAACAUGUUUAGAAAGAAAUCAAAAAUAGAAAGCUGGUCUGAAGAUGAACUUGAUUUCCUGUGGAUCGGUGUUCGUAGACAUGGACGGGGCAAUUGGGAGGUCAUGCUUAGAGACCCCAGGUUAAAAUUUUCGAAGUAUAAAACUACGGAAGAUUUGGCAGCAAGGUGGGAGGAGGAACAACUCAAGCUCUUUGAUGGGUCAGCUUUUCCAGUUCCAAAAUCAACCAAGCCAACAAAGUCUACCAAAUCUUCAUUGUUUCCAGGCAUCUCUGAUGGAAUGAUGGCCCGGGCUUUGCAAGGAAGUAGACUUGCUACACCCCCAAAAUUUCAGAGACACCUGACAGACAUGAAAUUGGGUUUUGGUGAUCUUGCAUCCAAUCUGCCACAUUUUGAAACAUGUGAUCCACUUGGUCUGCAAAAUGACCAAUAUGUACCUAUGCCAACUUGGAAUCAUGAAAAAUACGGGGCAAAUCUUCCUGGGGAGUCUUCUGCUGGACCUUGUGAACGACCGGGUUCUUCUUCAAAUGUACCCAUUGACAAGCCAUUUCUGCUGAAUUCUUUUGGAACCAGUUCCUUGGGAUCUUUAGGUUUGAAUUGCUCAAGCAGCUUUGAUGUACAGAGGAAGGAGGAUGAAAAGAUAGCCAGUAAGUAUGGGAAGUUGCCAAGUCUCCUGGAUAGGUCGCUAAAUAUUUUGCGUGAAACCCAUCACAAUUUAGGAGGUGCUGAAUCUGUCAGUUCAGUAUUGCUACCUGAUCCUAAUAAAGGGCUGAGUUUUUCGCAUUUAAAGGGAGAAGCAGCUGGGAGUAGUUCUUCAAGGGACAAGCUACCCCAUUGGCUGCGGGAAGCUGUGAGUGCUCCUGUAAAACCCCCAGAUCCCGACCUGCCACCCACUGUAGCAGCAAUUGCACAUUCAGUUCACUUGCUGUAUGGAGAAGAUAAGCCAACCAUACCUCCGUUUGUGAUCCCGGGUCCACCUCCUCCUGUCCCAAAGGAUCCAAGACGGACUCUAAAGAAGAAAAAGAAACGGAGGUCACAUUUGUCCAGGUGGGUCCCACCCGACAUUGCUGGAAGCAGUCAGGAUUUUCAAAGAAACCUUCAAGGUGACAAUGCUGCUUCGAGCUCAAUUCCACUGUCUCCAGCAUUUGCACUGCAUCCACAAUCAACCCCACUAACUGCAGGGCUUCCACCGAUAGAGUCCGACCUGAAUUUGCCUCCUCUCAAUUUAAAUAUGAUGAACCCUUCAUCCUCCUUAGCACAUUUACACCAGCAGAAGAAGAAAAGCAUGGGAUUGUCCCCCUCCCCUGAAGUGCUUCAGCUGGUAGCAUCAUGCGUUGCUCCAGGCCCACGUAUGGCAUCAGUUUCUGGCAUGACAAGCUCAAGCUACAUUGAAAGCAAACUCUCAGUGUCCAAGUCUGUUGAUCUAGUAGGAUUUCCAGACCCACAAGAUGCGUUUGGAAAAAAGAAGGCUAAGCAGGGAUCCCCUUUAGAUGUGUGGGGUUCAAUUCGGGGGGAGAAAGUAGACCAUCCAGAAAGCGGAGAUUCCAGUAAAACUCAAUCAGAUCCCUCUCGGACUGAACGGCCUGAUGUGGAUGAUGUAUCAUCUGAGGGCACUGUAUCAGAUCAUCCUGUGAGUGACCAUGAAUCAUAGCUAUAAUAUGAGAUCCAAAAGAAAGUUGAACAUAGGUAUUCUUUCAUGCUACUAAAGUUUCAGGCUCUUCACCAAUGUGCACAAAUUUUUGUAGGCAUGAUGAAGUGAGUGAUGAACUAGCACAUAUAGGUUUAUUAGGACAUCUCAUGUAAAGUUUCUGUAAGAGAAAAUGAAAUAUAGUGUUGCUUGCUUUGUAUCGCUUAA